AUGACUUCUGCAGAAAUGCCUGCGCCUCAACGGCCAGGUCGGCGCUUGUCUGUGAGAGAGACGGCGCCGCAAAUAGCGGCUAGCGGUAUACCAGCGAUUCCGCGUAUGCAUACGCAGAAUCGCUUCGUCGCUUCGCACCUUCACGCUCUUCCCUUGUCUCCUCCUCCUUCACCACCCCCUUUGCUACGCACCGCUACAACCCCUGAUGAUGACUCCACUCUACCUAAAAAUUUUGAGGCGCCUUCGUCCGAAAACUGUUUUACCACCUCGCGCCGUGAGCGCAACUCCUAUGCAGAGUCGUCCGUUGCUGGACUUUUGUAUCAUACUGCCCGGUUUGACUUGCCUGGCACACCGGAAAUGAGCCCUGCGAACGGCGAUAUACAUCACCAUCCGCUGGCCACUGCCGAAGCAUUUAUGCGCCGCAUAUUCCCCUACUGGAAUGAACCAAACACACGGGCACUCAAAGUGGAAGACGCAGGGCUUGAACUCCUUUGCCCUGGAUGGACGGGCGCUGUUGUGCAAAAACAUGACACGGCUACGUCGAUCACAACCGGCUUAGCACCCAAUGAAAAGGCGAACGAACUUGGAUUUGAGCCCGAUCUGCGCUCACUCUAUGUGCAUAUGCCACAAUCCUGUCUCCGCUCGCAUCUCCGUGACUAUAUGCUGAAAAUUCUGGACAUGGCGUCGGAUGAGGUGCAUGUGGGUCGCGUGGUCUUCUGCUUAGAACGAAGUCUACCGGAUCUGCAUUCACUUGUCCUCGGUUUUUGUUACGUCGGCGGACACGUCGCUUCUAUGGCGGGCCAAACGGACGACUGGCUAGCGCUGCAGCCGUUGCCUUCGCUGAUGCUCGUCGCCGUGCCGCUUUGA